AGCUGAUCUUGCCAUUUGCUUGUUCCUGUCGGCCUGUUUAAUCUGUUACUCUCUAUCUGUCUCUCCAAUCUGUGUCUGUAUCUCUGAGUUGUUCAGUUCAUCUUCCAAUUAUAACGAAACCCUGAACCCCCCCCUCUCUCUCUUCAAUUCUGCCUCCAAAACCCUAAUUCCGAUCCCCAAUCCGUACCAAUUCCUCAUGUUUUUCCUCUAAUUUUAUCUGAUUUUGGGGGCUGAAUUUGCGAGAGCUAUGAAGCGAGAGUUGGAGGAGGAGGUUAAGCCAGAGCUGGGAAAUUCUUCUUCACUCGGUAAUGGGACUUGGAUUGGGACCGAGACUCAGGCGAGUUCUUCUUCCAUUGAAGUUUCUGAGAAUAAUUUUAAUCGUAGGUUAUUAUCCAAAGGUUCUGUGGUGAAUGGUUUUAUUGUUUAUACCCGUGUAAGAAAGUCUCGGUUUAAUUUCCCUUAUGAAAGUUAUGAAAUUUCUGAUAAUGACCAAAAUAAGCGGCUCAAGGGCUCGGAUGAGCUUGAAAAUAAUGUAAUUGCUUCUGUUUAUUCACGUCGUAAGGAUAAAGAGGUUCAAAUUGUAGCUGAGAAUGGAUCCAAUUGUAAUUUGGGAAUUAACAUUUGUAAAGAUGUGCAAGAGAGUGAGUUGGAACAAUUUCCGGCUAAGGGAAGAGGCGGGGAGGGGGGCAUUUUUAUGGUAGCUGAGAGUAGUGAGGGAAAGAGUGAUUUUCCCAAGAAGGAAAUUAGGCGGUAUUCACGUUAUUCGGUUAGACCAAAGGUCGAGCCGCCACCAGAGAGUGUAGUAAAAUCACCAGAGGCUGCUCAGAAUGGAAUAAAUUUAGAUGGAGAGGCAACUGGUGGAUUAAGUGGGUCGAAGAAGCAGAAGAAUAAGUUGGUAUUGAAAAUGUCGAAGAAGAUUGCGAUGAAUAAGAAGCUGAUGACUGUCACUGAGCUAUUUGAGACGGGUUUUCUUGACGGGGUAACGGUGGUGUACAUGGGUUGCAAUAAGUUUCAGGGGCCUGGUCUGCGUGGCAAAAUUAUGGGGGGUGGAAUUUUGUGCUCUUGUACAUCAUGCAAUGGAUGCAGAAUUAUUCCGCCUUCCAAAUUUGAGAUUCAUGCUUGUAAAACAUACAAACGGGCAGCACAAUAUAUUUGUCUAGAAAAUGGAAAGAGCCUGCUUGACCUGUUGAAGGCAUGCAGGGCCUCUCCUCUGCAUACGUUAGAGGCAACAAUCCGGAGCAUUGUUGGUUCUCCGCCUGAAGAGAAAUCAUUUAUCUGUAGAAGGUGCAAAGGGUGCUUUCCUAGGUCUUGUGUGGGGCAAGUAGGGCCUCUAUGCAAUUCAUGUGUGGAUUUAAAUAAAUCUCAUGGUAUUCCAACUCAUACAGAUGGUAAAAAAGUCAGGUCAUCAACACCAGUAUUGAUCUCGAAGUCCCCCAGAGCUCCUCCAGUGUCUAUUUCUCCACAAGAUCAGAGUCAAUGGGAGGCUUCAGUCUAUAUUUCCCCUCAAAAUAAAAGUAAUUGGAAGUUAAAAACAAAGCCACCAAAACGAGUUUACAACUCAAAGUUGUCCAAAAGUGCUUCUGCAUGUAUUUCGUCAAAAGAUAAAAGACCCUGGAAAAUAACAGCAAAAUCAUCAAAAGCAGUUUUGAUAUCAAGGCCCUCCAAAAUUGGUUCUAUGACUUUCCCUUCACAAACUAAGGCUCAAUGGAAAAUAACAACAAAAGAUAUACGGUUGCAUAAGUUGGUUUUUGAGGAAGGUGGAUUGCCUGAUGGAUCUGAAGUGGCAUAUUAUGCACGUGGACAGAAAUUGCUUGUGGGUUAUAAAAAGGGCUCUGGUAUACUUUGUUGUUGUUGCAAUUGUGAGGUCAGCCCCUCUCAAUUCGAAUCUCACGCUGGCUGGGCCUCUCGAAGGAAACCUUAUGCUUACAUUUACACAUCCAAUGGGGUGUCUCUUCAUGAACUGGCGAUAUCACUCUCAAAAGGCCGCAAGUAUUCUGCCAAGGAUAAUGAUAACCUAUGCAUCAUUUGUUUAGAUGGUGGGAAUCUUUUGCUUUGUGAUGGAUGCCCAAGGGCCUUCCAUAAAGAAUGUGCAUCUUUAACAACUAUUCCUCGUGGUGAUUGGUACUGUACAUACUGCCAGAAUAUGUUCCAAAGAGAGAAGUUUGUGGAGUAUAAUGAAAAUGCUCUUGCAGCUGGAAGGGUUUCUGGUAUUGAUCCUAUAGAACAAAUAAGUAAAAGAUGUAUCCGUAUUGUCAGAAACAUAGAUGCUGAACUUAGUGGAUGUGUGUUAUGCAGAGGUUAUGAUUUUAGCAAAUCAGGUUUUGGUCCAAGGACAAUUUUACUUUGUGAUCAGUGUGAGAUGGAAUUUCAUGUUGGCUGUUUGAGGGAGCAUAAAAUGGCAUUUCUGAAGGAAUUGCCAAAAGGGGAGUGGUUCUGUAGCAUGGAUUGCACCAGGAUAAAUUCUACUUUGCAGAAGUUGCUAUUAAAAGGAGCUGAAAAGCUCCCAGACUCUCUUUUGGAUGUUAUCAAGAGGAAAGAAGAGGAGAGAGGCUUACAAUCUUUUAAUAAUAUUGAUGUUAGAUGGAGGCUUCUUAGCGGUAAAAUUACCUCUCCUGAAACUAGGUUUUAUCUUUCAGAGGCUGUCGCCAUCUUCCAUAAUUGCUUUGCGCCUAUUAUUGACUCAGUUAGCGGGCGUGACCUUAUUCCUGCCAUGGUUUAUGGAAGGAACAUUAGGUCCCAAGAAUUUGGGGGAAUGUACUGUGCAAUAUUGAUGAUCAACUCCUCCGUUGUAUCAGCUGGACUUGUUCGUGUUUUUGGCCGAGAAGUUGCAGAACUCCCUUUAGUUGCAACAAGUAAUGGUCACCAUGGAAAGGGCUACUUCCAAAUGUUGUUUUCCUGCAUUGAGAGGCUGCUGGCUUUCUUGAAUGUGAAGAGCCUUGUCCUCCCUGCUGCUGAAGAAGCAGAAUCCAUAUGGACGGACAAAUUUGGUUUUGAAAGGAUGAGAACUGAGCAGCUUACCAAAUACCGAAGAAGUUGCUGUCAGAUGGUGACGUUCAAAGGGACAUCCAUGCUUCAGAAAAUAGUUCCGCAAUGUCGGGUCAUCAAGCCUGAUUAUGAAAGUGAAGAUGCAGAGUAGUUACUCUCUUGUUUGUGUUAGUUUUUGUAAAUGUCUUGUACUUUUGCUAAUUGAAGUUACUUUUAGAAUUCAUCUUUUGGUCUGGAUCAAAGAUUUUUAAUUGGAGUGUAUAUCCUGGUGGAAUUAGAGUUUUUUCAAGAAAACACAAGAAAAGAAUAAAAAAAAAAAAAAUUUCCCAUCAUGACAAAGUCCUACCAUAUAUAUAUAUGUAUGUAUGACAGUACUAGUAACGCUGAAGAAUUCAAUGGUCAAUUUAAAUGGCCUUAGGGUUUUACGUUGUAGUCACUGAAAUUUUGAUCGCAGACUACUGUUUAUUGUUGAAUAAAUAAUGUACUUUCUUUUUGUUUGA